CGGCGCCAUGCGCGUCGCUACCAGACACAAAGUAGUGCCUGGUCCGCGUGCCCGCCGCCGCCGUGUGGGUUCUGCGCCGGGUGUGCGGGGCUUUGUGUGUGUGUGUGUGUGUGUGUGCUGUUGUUGCUCCAGGUUCGGAGGCUAGGAGGCUAGUUGUGUGUGUGGAGGCGGGCAUGGUGUCCAUCUGGCGGCGUGACAUGCGGGAGGCUGCGCCGCGCCGGCCCCCUUUGUGCGCUCCAGAUGGCGAAUUCACCGAGUAGCUCGGUUACAUGUCGGCGCUACUCCAGAAAGAGGGUUUUAAACUCUUAUUUAGUGUGUGUGUGUGUGUCGUGACGUCACCACUCAGACAAAGCGGAGGGAAGUUGGUGUUCGUGACGGUCAGAUUCAAAGUGUCUGGGGAAGAAGUUUCGGCCACCGCGGCUCUCUUUGUAGCGGGAGAGAUGCGCGAGGAGCCGCCGAUGUGACACAAUGUGGCGGAGAGGAGGCGACGCGUCCUCGGGAGGAGCAACGCAACUUUGUGGUCGGCGCGAGGCGUCAAAGCCCGACGCGGCUGAUCGAUGUUCUUUAAGCUGAUUUCGACUUGUAUUCAGAUGUUACUCCAGAGUUUGGUCGAUAUGACUCAAAAUUCAGAUUUGUUUCACAAAUGUGUUUAAAAUCUUUCUUUGUUGACAAAUGUGUUUAAAAUCAAAUUUUAAAGUAAUGUUUAGUGCCAUGUUUCAUAGUUUCAUCCUAUGCUACUCAUCUAAUGUUUAACCAACUGUGGCGUUGUUGUUGUUCUUCACAAAUAUAUUUACACAAUUCGACUAAAAUCUUGAUUUUUGUUGACAUGUGUGUAAAAUCACAUUUUAAAGUGAUGUUUACUGUAAGGAGCCAUGUUGGGAACCCUGACCUUCACAUCGGACAACACACUCACCCGACUUUAAUGUUUGAUGUUGUUAAUCUUUAUUAAUUUGUUGCUACCACAAAUUACAAAUCACCUCCAUUAAAACAUUUAAAUCCAGAGCUCUCUCACAUCACGUGUCGGGUAAUCUCACUACAUGAAAUACACUUUAUUUUUUUAAGUAACUCAUCUUUCCUAACUUAUUAACUUAAAACCACGUUUUAAAGUGAUUUUUAUGAUUAAUUCCACAGUUGGACGACACACGUAAACACAUGUUGUUCAUAAUUAUUAUUUGGUAGCGCAAAUGAAACAUCUGUUCCGUUAAACCAUUUAAAUCCAGAGUUCUCUCUGUUUUUGUUCCAGGAAUCUAACAAACUGAAAUGCACUAAAUGUGUAUUUUUUAAGUAACUCAUAUUUCCUAACUUAUUAACUUAAAACCACGUUUUAAAGUGAUUUGAUGUUUAGUUUCACACGUAAACACAUGUUGUUGCACAUAAUUAUUAUUUGGUAAAAUCUGUUCCUUUUAAACCAUUUAAAUGAAGAUCUCCCUCAGUUUUUUCUCGGGGACUCUAACAAACUGAAACAUUAAAUGUGUUUUUUAAUUUAACCCCCACUUCCCUAACGUGGUUUUUUUUUAAAGCACCCGUUGUUGCCGAGGAAUGCCGAAUUGAAAAGCUUAGCGUGCGCUGCCGGUCGUUGAGGGCCGGCGUGUGACGAGCUGAAGACGAGCUGAAGAGGAGGUGGCCCUCGGCCCUCGACGGGCUCCUGGCUGCUGCCUCUGUGAUGUUGAUGCACACAAUCUGCUUUGUGAGGCCGGCGCUGCCCGGGGGUCGGGUUUCACCCACAGGACACAGCACUGCAUUCUGGGGCCCACCCCUGGGAUCAGGCAUGCUCCAUUUUGAGGGGAGAUUCUCUCUGGUGGCCAACACACACACACACACACACACACACACACACACUGCCCCCCAAACAGAGUCCAAGCCCCCCAAAAGGACGUGGAUUGGAUUUGUUUCCUCGCUUUUUAAAUUGGGUUUAAAGUAGCUUGAGUUGUGUGCAAAGUCUAAAUGUUUCUGCAGCCGGUCCAGACAAAAACAAUAACAACAACAACAAUAACAACACAUGUGCCUUCCUCCUCCUCAGCUCUGGAAGAGGAGCACCGGCCGGACCAGGAGCAGAACUCCUCCGCCGUGUCGGACAGCGACGACGGCGGCGGCGGCGGCGGCUCCCCGCUCGACCUGUCGGGGAGGGGGGGUCUCUUCGGGAAGCGGCGUCGCCGCGGCAACCUGCCGAAGGAGGCGGUGCAGACACUGCGCAGCUGGCUGUACGAGCACCGCUUCAACGCCUACCCGUCGGAGCAGGAGAAGCUGAGCCUGUCGGGCCAGACCCACCUCUCCGUGCUGCAGAUCUGUAACUGGUUCAUCAACGCCCGGCGCCGCCUGCUGCCGGACCUGCUCCGCAAGGACGGCAAGGACCCCACCAAGUUCACCAUCUCCCGCAAGGUCGGCGGGAAAAGCGACGUCCACGCCGCGACCCACGGGGGCGGAGCCAGCUCACCUGAGAGCACCUCCUCCUCCUCCGCCGCCGCCGGCUCGUCUCAGCAGCGGCCGUCCGUGAUCCGCGCCGCCCCGACGCUGGACCUCGUCCUCCUCGGCAGCACGGCGACCGCCAUCCUGACCGGCGCCGGCUACCCGGGGAAGGGCGGCUCGGUCCAGGCGCUGAUGAGGCUGGACACCCAGAGUCUGCUGAGGGAGGCGGAGGAGCAGGGGGCGGGCACCGUUUGUCUCGCCGGCGCCGCCACGCCGAUGGCCGCCAGCGCCGGCCUCUUCAACACGCCGCCGCCGACGCCCCCCGAGCUGCUCCCCGCCCAGGACUUCAGCGACCUGCGGCUCCUGGUGGACGCGGCGCUGCAGCGGGCGGCGGAGCAGGAGAACCUGAAGAGAGAGAGCGGACCCGCCGCCGGCGCCGUGAAGACCGAGCCGGCCGAGUACGGCGACUCGGGCGCCACGCCGCCGCCAGAGGACGGCCAGCAGGUCAUGGACCCGACCCGGGUGCAGCGCCUGAUGGAGACGGCCAUGGCCGUGACGGCGGGGAAGGAUCCGCUGCCCCUCCGGUCCCUGGCGGCCUCCGUGCCGGUCCCGGCGCCGAGGCUUUCUCCUCUCCUGAUGAACAAAGUCCUCUGGAGCCCCGUGGAGACGGACGCCAGCCCGCCUCAGCUCGCCGCCGCCCACCUCUUGAAACCAGCCGCCGUCGGCCCGGCGCCGCUCGUCCCAGCCACGAGUCCCGCCGGCGCCGCUCACCCCCGGACUGUGGCGCCCGCUCCGCCGCCGGCCGUCGCCUCUUCUUUCCCGAACGCCAGGGCGAUCUCGCUCUACCGGCCGUUCCACAUGUCGCCCAUCUUCCCGGCCCGCGUGCCGUCGUCUCCGGCGCCGGUCCACGGCCCGGUCCGCACGUCGACUCCGGCUCCUCUGGCCGCCGCGGCCCAGAUGUCCUCCUCUACGCCGCCGAUGAUGCCUCUUCUGGGCCUCACUGCUCCCCUUCAGCCCUCCUCUUCCUCCUCCUCCACCAGCAGGAGUUCUGCCGUGGUGCCCAGCGUUUGGAGCAUGGUGCAGCCCGGUUCUCUCCAAGGGGUGAAGACCCCCAUCCCCGCGGUGUGGGGUCCGCAGCACAGCCUGCACACCGUGAGCGAAGCGGUGAACUAGGGGCUGGAACACACACACACACACACACACAUACAUAUACACACAUAUAUAUACAUGUGUGUGUGUGGGGUUGGAGAAGCCAGACAUUCCUGCUGCUGGACAACGCUGUACAUAGGAGAAUGUAUCUUCAUCACAAGCCCCGCCCCCUUCCCGUCACUCAGCCUGCAGAGCGGCGCGAGAGGCUUCAUGGUUUGUGUCCUCCGAGGCGCCGGCUGGUGAGAACCCUUUUAUUACUUUUUAUUUACUUUUUUCUACGUCGUAUCUUAAAGGAAACAUUCCUCAGCGCAGAGGUUUUUUUUGUGUGUCUUUCUACAUUUUAUAAAACGCGGUGCGAGGAAAACAAAUCCCGUAAUUGUACGAAGCCGACGAGACUUCAGUAGCAGGACGAGACUUCAAUGAAUGUAGCACACGCAGCUCCAGGAGGAGCGAAGAGGACGGGAACAGGUUGUUUCUUCUCUCCACGCUCAGAAACAACAACAACAACCUCUCAGAAUGCAUUUUUACUCUUUCCACUUCUUUUUCUUUCUCCCUUUGGAAAUGACACCAGAAGGGGAAUUGAUUGUCCUGCAGCGAGUGAAUGACUCGAUGUGCCCCCCCCUCCUCCUCCUCCCCCCUCCUGCCUUUUUUAUAGCUUCGGAGCUUCAUUGUCAUCUCGGACCUCUUCGCGGCGCCCUCCAGCGCCACAUGUGUCUUUGUGAAGCGGCGGUUCUGUUGCCUCCGCCGGGUGUUUCAGGGAUUGAUGUUGAGGAAGAGGAGGAGGGGUGGGGGGAGGGGCUGGAUCUGUUACAGAAAUCCAUUUGAGUGAAGCGAGGCGGUCCUACGGCGCCGAGCGCCGCAGCUGAAAAGCCUUUUACCGGCUUUUUCUUUUUUCUCUCUCGUCUGAUGCAAAGAAACACUUUAAAUGUCGGAUGCUCUCGUUUGGGGCCUGAACGCAUCGUCCCGAGCCAUUAUCUUUUGGGCAUUAUGAGUUUUUUCGUUGUGUUUUUUUCAAAACCCGAACGCCUCGCCGGUGAAACGAUGCGUUCAGUGUCUGGAACUGAAAGCUGACGCGUUUAAUUUGUUCUGAACUUUUUUAUUGUUCCCGUUAUUCCCGGAUGCUUCCCACCUGUGUUUAGAAAUGGUUUCUCUAGAGUUGCUCAUCACUCACAGAGCUGUAGUUUCCAUGAAACUGUCUUCGCAUCAACAACAACAUAUAUAUAUAUUGGGCGUCCUUUUUUUAACGGUGGAAAAGGUCCCGUGUGAAUAAUACCGUAGCAGGAUUGUCUCGUGCGCGGGGGCCGGGGGUCAUGUGACCGGUCACCUGACCCCCGACCCCCAGCCAGCGCCUCUUAUUCCCACGUCGCUGUGGAAGUGUUUUUACUUGUUUUCCUUCAGUUACAGGAACUCGACUGCAUUUAUACCUCAAUUUACACAGACUUGGGUCACAUGUAGAAUACUAAGUAUUAAAGUGAUAUUUUUAUUGUUCGUCCUGCAUCGCUGUGACGACACCUUCCAUCAGUUGAGAUUAACUGGAAACGGCGGGCUGAAGAUUCGGCUUUUUUUUAUUUUUUUAUAGCGAUGUUUAUAUUUGUGAUUUUUAGACGACGUGAUGACGCAUGUACAUAUUUUCAGUCCUGUUCUUUUUUUUUUCUCUUCAUGUUUAUCGGCAUAUACUUUAUCUCAGAACUGUAGUUUUUUUUUUCUCUUCCAGCCAGAAUGCUUUGAGAUUUUUCCCAGCUCAUGUUCGUGAAUCAUGACCGACCGUUGGCAGCGAGCCGGGCUGCUGUGCCUUAAACCCACGACUGAGGGAAUAGCCCCUUUUUAUAUUAAAAACUUCUCCAAUAGUCUGUGCAAUAUAUGCCUUAAACUUUAAAUGUGUGUUUUUUUUGUAUAAGCAUUUCAAAGAAAUAAAAGUUCAGUUUUUCAUGAACGCUU